GCAAGGAGGCGGGAGUUUGGAGCUGGCUCUGACAAACCCGAGGCUUGAGUUCCCAGAGUUCCUAUUGGGUCAACGCGGGAAGCGCCAAGAUGGCGGCAGCGGCGGCCUGCAGCACAGGCACCAGGAGUACUGGGUCUAUGGUGGUGGCGGCUAGCAGGAACAACGUCACCAGCUUCCAGCGGAGGGGUCCUAGAGCCAGCGGUACCGACAGCGGCUGCUCUCGACUGGUGUCCAUCUCGGGGACACGACCGUCGGUGCGGAAUGGACAGCUGCUGGUAUCAACCGGGCUCCCAGCCCUGGACCAGCUCCUAGGUGGAGGUUUGGCUGUUGGAACAGUUCUUCUAAUUGAAGAGGAUAAAUAUAAUAUUUAUUCUCCUUUGCUCUUCAAGUAUUUCCUGGCAGAAGGAAUUGUCACUGGACAUACUUUGUUAGUUGCAUCUGCAAAAGAAGACCCUGCUGACAUUUUACAGGAACUUCCUGCACCAUUACUUGAUGAUAAUUGUAAAAAAGAAUGUGAUGAAGACAUAUGUAAUCAUAAAACAGAAUCUAACAUUAAGAUGAAAAUAGCUUGGCGUUACCAGUUAUUGCCCAAGAUGGAGGCUAGACCGGUAUCGUCUUCAAGAUUUGGUCACUAUUAUGAUGUAUCAAAAAGGAUACCACAAGAACUAAUUGAAGCUUCAAAAUGGCAUGGAUUUUUUCUUCCAGAAAAAAUAUCAUCAACUCUUAAUGAAGAACCCUGUUCUUUGAACCAUGGCUACAUAAAGCUGCUGCAGUUUAUCCAGAACAUCAUUUAUGAGGAAGGAUUUGAUGGAUCCAAUCCCCAGAAAAAACAGAAAAACAUUUUAAGAAUAGGAAUCCAGAAUCUUGGUUCACCUUUGUGGGGAGAUGACAUUUGCUGGACAGAAAACGGUGACAGCAAUUGCAGUCUUACAAAGUUCCUCUAUGUGCUCCGUGGUCUUCUGCGAACCUCUCUUUCAACCUGUAUCAUCACCGUGCCAACACACCUUAUCCAGAAUAAAGCAAUUAUUGCUCGUGUUACAAACUUGUCAGAUACAGUAGUUGGUCUGGAAUCCUUUAUUGGUUCUGAGAAAGAAACCAACCCAUUAUAUAAGGAUUAUCAUGGUUUGAUUCAUAUACGGCAGAUUCCUCAGCUUAAUAACUUGAUUUAUGAUGUAUCAGAUGUCAAAGACUUAGCUUUUAAAUUAAAAAGGAAGCUAUUCACCAUUGAGCGACUGCAUUUGCCUCCAGACUUGUCAGACACAGUGAGCCGCUCGAGCAAACAGGAUCUGGCAGAAUCCGCCAAGCUGCUGGGCCCAGGCUGUGGUAUGACGGCCCCAGGCAAGAAGCACCUGGACUUCUAGUGAUUCCUCCUUAGUGGUUGAUGCAGAAUUAUAUGACACUCUAAUUAUGAUUGCUAACAGCUUAUGUAAAUAUUUUUCUUAACGAUUUGACCUCCAAUCCUUGAAAAACACAGGAUUGCAAAAUGAGGCCACCGUUCUUCAUUAUUUUAAGCAACUUUCUAUACAGAAAUAGUACAGCAGAAAUACUUUCACUUUAAAUUUUGUUUUAUGCUAUAUCUAGAGAAAAUAGAUAAUUUUAUUUUUAAAUAAAAGCAAAUCAAGAUGCCUUACAGUGGUCAUUAGUGUAUGUGUGUUUAAGGCACUCAGUUCAUGGUAAAGUGCCUGUUACAGCAGGUAGCAUAUAAAAAACAUUAUGAAAUUCAAAAUUAUAUAUGAAAAACAUAGUUUCUCUUCAUUUCUGAAAAAGACACCUCCCACCAAAAAUGCUAAGGUUUUUUUAAGAAAUGAAAAAAAUUGUUUGCUAAUAUAUGAAGACUAAAAUAAAAUGAAUUUGCAUUUAUGCAUCCUGUUAUGAAAUUGAUGAAGACAAGAUAGUAUUUUGGGAUUAAGACUCCAUUAAAAAUAAUUAGUCUGCCAUAGUAGUUAAUAAAUAUAAAGAACUUGAGUGAUAGAAAACUUAAAGAAGUAGAUGGUCUCUGUUUAAACAAUUAAAGUCUACACUGUGAAAUUAUGUCAAUAGACAUAAUUCAGGAUUGAAAUUCAAACCGACAGCUACAUUCAUGCUCGUAUACUGGGGAAAAACAUGUAUUGAAGCUUGGUGAGAGAUUUUUACAAAACAUUAGUCUGAGACAAAGUAUAACAAAGCUAACUCAGAUUUCCAUUGCAUCAGGUAAAACCCUUUGUUAAUUAUGAACAUUGGUAGGUGUGUACAUUUAUAACAAUAUAAACAUGUCUGUGCAUAUAUUGAACUCUUUUUCAUAUGAAAUACUAGUUUUUUGAAUCAUAGUUCCAUAUUCUCAAAGCUUUUGACAAAUAGUAGACAAAAAGUAAAAGUUAGAAAAGUAACGUGCAUAUUUAAGUAAAGAGUCUCAGUUUUUAAAAAAGCUGUUUAACAUCUGUUAGGAGAAACUGAAUUUUCAAGAUGCAUUUCCAGAUAUAUUAGACUAUCUUGAAGCAGUUAUAGCUAGCAUUUUUGAGCAGUUUGCUUUUAAUAUACCACAAAUUAUGCUUUAUUUGUUCUUGACAACAUUGCGGAAAACAAAGCCUAGGUUUUUAAAACUGUCUAACCAAUAUGAUGAAUGUCAGUCACUUAAAAAAAACCCACUGUAGCAUAAACACAUACUGUAUACAGCUUUUAUUCAGAAUUAGAAUAAUUGAAUCAAUGACAGGAUGUCAAAUCUCUCCAUCAUAUCCUGUCACUACCAGUUUAUUUUUUGUGAUCAAAAUCAAAAAGACCACUAUUUUGUCACCUGCUAUUUCAUUAGUACUAAAAAUCAGGUUUCUUCUAUUUUUUUAGAAUGUCUGGUUUAUUUUUUUCCCUUCUUUUAAUUCGAAAGACACAAAUUCUUCCCCAUUUUCUUUUCACCAUAAAGUUUAAGAAUUGAUCUGUCAGUUAAAAUUAAAGGGCUUUCAUAUUAAGCAAAGGUGCUUUUAAAAUUUAAAGCAACUUCAAAAAAUCAAUUUAGUCCAUAGAUAAUAAAUAAUAUGCAAAUACUCCACAAAAGCUUUGCUAUGUCCUUUGAAAGCAUUAUGAACAAUCUGAAUAAGCUCAAGUGAAUAUUUUAGUUGGGUUAUUAUUUUAAUAAGGCUAACCUUUUUCUUACCGUGUUGUGAUUCGUUUUAUACAAACACACAACCGAACAAUUACAUAGCAUUUGACUCUGAAAAGGAAAUGUGAGGUCAUCGGAUAUGAAAAUUGCUUGUCAAAAAUACUUAGUAGGUCAUUGAUUUACUACCCUAGCUACCAUGUCUAUAAAAUUAA